UGUGUGUAGUAGUUGGCCCGUAGUCACUGCUGUUUUGUAAUCAUACGUGGAGCAGAAUCUCUGGUUGAUACACAAAAAGAAGCUUGCUGUAGUUGGUGUGUUGGAAUAAAUAGUCAAGGUUUCUCCACAAGUCCAGUGCUUGUAUGGGUAGACCAGACGGAAGACUGGACAUGACAAAAACCUGUUGAAAAUAACCAAGAUCAACUGGAACAAACGACAGCUCCACGUAAAAAAUAACAUUGUCUUUGUUUAACAAAGCUUCAUUCAAAUGUGGCCUUCGUUAAACCCAAUAGAAAGCAAGGAACAAAGUCCUGACCAACAACCAUUGGCUUUUAUCUCAAAUCAAUCAACAAUUUUUGAACCUCCCUCUGAACACAGCCUCUGAGCACCCUAUACGUCUCUGAUUCACGGCCAUGCCUCGCACUCAUGUGAUUUGCAAAGAGAAAAUACAUGCAAUACAUUAGUUGGAUUGGUUGAUAUUCCAGGCUUAUCUGUGCUGUACUUAGUAAUAGCCUAGGGGAAAGGUUACUCCCUCCUUGCCACAGGAAUUAUCAGCCUUUGCAGGCGUCAUCAGAUGCCACAGAUGCAAAUCUCUUUUCCCUCCACUGUGAGAGAGUCUCAACAUAGCUACCUGUCAUGGCAGGCAAAGUGAUACCAACCCUACCCAAUGCUGGAGGGGGGGUGAUUCUCAUGGACAGUGAACUCAUGGACUCACUCUCAUUUCUAGAUGUCUUGAGUGCAAGUGAGUUUGAAGGAGAACAAAUCGACCCAGCAGUUGCUUUGGAGACUGAGACAGAUUUUUACAAGGGAACCCCACCUAAAUGGAUGAACUUUUACCUGGCCGAUGAGAAGGCAAACUCUGACAGCAGUGCCACACCUACAGGAGAAAAAAAGGACAUUGAAUGUAUCAGAAGAGAUGGUUAUGAAAAGCUGAGGGAACUCAUCAAGUUACAGAGACAGGGCAGUUGGAGUGUAAACAGUAUUAAGCUGUUGCACCAGCCAGGCAGCGGAGGAACCACCCUGGCCAUGCAAAUACUCUGGGACCUGAGGAAAGAGCUCAGGUGUGCUGUUCUAGUCGAUCCGUCUUCUGACAAGAAAGAUUUGGGCAAACAAGUCCAGAAAGACCCCCUGUCAGACACCAGGAUUAUUGCUAAACAGGUGGUCGAACUUUUUGCUACCGGUGAUCCAGAAAACCAGAAUACAGUUCUUCUUUUGCAGGACAAUGAACACCUGAGGGACCACUUACAGGACUUCCUCAUCAGAGAAAUAACAGAGCAAAAAAUCAGUGCUCAAUUCCCAGUGGUCAUCGUUCUACAAUGCAUACGCUCGACCUGUAUCAUAGACGAUGAGGAGGAUGAGAGUAGAACUGAGGCAGAUUUACUCCUGAAAUCACGUCUUUCUGACAAAGAGAAAACACGCUUUGUUAGCAAAGACAAACUAGUACAGAGGCAUCACAGAGACGAGAUGGGGAAGUUUCACGGCUUUAACAUAAUGCUAAAUAAUUUCAAUGAAGAAUACACAAGAAAAACAUUUUGUUCAGAAGAGGGAAAAGAAAUCAUCAAAUAUCUUCAGCAAAACAAAGUCUCCCGCAACACCAAACUCUUUGCCUUUUUAGCUCUGGUGAACUCCUAUGUUCCUGGCUCCUACCUCUUACAGUCACAAUGUGAGGCAUUCCUCAGCCAUCGAGACCCCUUUGGUGUGAACUUGUCAUUUGAGAAACGCAUGCAACCUUUCAGUGAUCUCAUAGUCACAUUCUCAAGACAUGGAGGAGAAGACAAGAGAGUCCGCAUAGCACACCCAGUACUUGCACAUCAAUGUGUUCAGUGGCUGGCAGAUGCUGGUAUCGCUAGGAGCUCAGCAACACUGGACUUUCUGCAGUACUUAACCAGACAACAAAUUCAGCCAUCCUUGUUACUGUUCUUCAAAGACAUGUUAACAAAGAGAGAAACAACCUCAAAUGGCCAAGAGAUCUUUUCCAGGUUAAUUCUAGAUAUUGAGAAACAUGAAGGCAUUCCCGAAUGUGCGAAUGUGUUGAAAACCGCAUCAGAAACAUUUAAACAUGAUCCGUUCUACCCUCAAUCUCUUGCACGUUUUUACUACAUCAAAAUGUCUGAUUUUACAAGAGCUGAGAUUUGGGCUGAAAAAGCUAAAGAGAGAGUUCCCACCAACUCAUUCAUUGCUGAUACACUGGGACAAGUUCAUAAGAACCAUUUGUAUAAACAAGUCAAUGGCAAAUCAGGUGAAAAAUCAGGGACCAGAGAUAUUUUGUUUUGGGCAGAGAAAGCCAUCAAGGCUUUCAAACAAGAGGAGGAGUUAGCUGAAAGGGAAUCAGUGAAUCACAUGGAGGGUGACAGUCCAACGAAAAUGUAUCACACCUUCAACAACAGGGGAAUCUUUGGUUAUCUACAGGUUGCUAACAUUGUUUAUAAUUCCCUCACAAAUCUCAACCCAAAAUGGAGGAAAAUCCUUACCCAGGAAAUAUCAGCUGAACAUCUCUCGAUACUGUCUGAGGACAGAAAGCUCAUGAAGUACCAGACUUUCAUCACCAGCCUCAGAGUUGCGGUUGAAAGGAAAUUUUACAAUUUUUUUGAGAGUUACCUCACUUACUCUGAGCCCAGGAACUGGAAGGAUCAGACACCAUACUUUCAGCGAGACAUUGUUGAUUGUUUUUGCAAGUAUACAAGUGCCCCCAGUCCAAAAGUGGAACUACCAUUAAAGACACUCAAAGAAAAAAUGGCCUCUACCUUUCCUGGCCUCUCCACCCUCAAUCGAAAUGCCAACUUGAGUAAAAUCACAGAGCUGUGGAAAAUAAUCAAUAAAGAAAACCCUGACGAUGUUAACACUGCCUGUAAUUACAUCCUGGCCAACAUCCUCCAGACCAAUGGGCCAGUGGCAUCUCCAGAACCCGCAACUCUACCACAACUUAGAGCCAUUCUUCAGAAGUUCAUGGAGAAAGAAAAUACCAAACUUUGGACUCCAGAGUUUUACCUCCUUGUCCUUCUACUGUUUUGGCCCGAGGAGGCAAGAGAGGGCGAUGUCACCAAUGACAUUGAUCUUAACAAGUAUGUUGAGUGCAUGAAACAGGCCUUUGACAACAAAUACAAGAAGUACCUACAAUCUAGGGAACUUGUGCCCUUGUUUUACCUGGGUAAAGGUGCUGGGUUGAAAAGACUUGUUCACAAAUCAAGCAUAGACGACAUCUGUGUGGAUCUGAAAAAAAGGAAAUCAAGGACUCUCAAUAAAACAAGAGGCAGUGCAGAGAUCAGGGACACUUGCAUUCAGGAUCACCUUCUUCGUGUCAAUGGAGUGGUCAGAGUGCAUAAAGCAUUUGCCCGUAUGGCAGAUAAAGAGAUCGAGAUUUGUCCCCAGAAACAGGCCAGUGUGUGGAAGGAUGGCAACAUCUCGUUUUACCUUGGCUUCAAUAUCAGUGGCCCUCAAGCUUUUGACAUAAAGUACACAAUGCCCACAGUGGGAUCUGGAGGAAAUGUUCAGAAACAAAGGGAUGAUGCCAUUGGAUCAGAGGGAACCAGAAUGGAAGAAUCAAAAACAUUCAAUCGAGGGAUUCCAAAGGGCUUUAAGACUUCUAGCCACAUUCAUACCCCAACUCUUUGGACAGAACCUGAAUUGAAAAACAUCCAUCCACAAUUGACAAAAACCCAUUACAGGCUCCAGUGCCCCCAUGCAGGCCUGUUCCAGUGCAGGUUGACAGGGCUGGUGUUUCUGAUGGAGGGGGAGGGGGAGGUGCUUUACAGGACUGUCCAAUGGGACGACAGUCUCCUGCACUCCACAGGCCGGACACCUGCCGGACCUCUGUUCAGCAUUGAGUGUCCUCGGGGAUCUGUUCGUCAGUUACACCUCCCACACUGUGAGAUUUCCUCUGGGAAAGGCUUUGAUUCCUUAUCUGUGGCCCAUGUUACUGGUGACAGUGUGGAAGUUUUGCAGCCAGCCAGGGUGACUGACUCACAUGCGGUGGUGGACAUCACAGACCUUUCCUUUUGGGGCCUGCUAUCCUACAUAUUCUCAUCCUCAGUGGAAGGCCAAGUGUUGCUGUUCCACAAACCACAACUCCGCAAGUCAACUCUGAACGUACAUUUACUUCCCGUGAACGUGCCUGUCACUGAGGUGGAGAAGCUACAGCGGGCCUGCAGAUACAUUCAGAUCGCCUCCAACUGCCCGCUCACCUGUGGGGAAACAUACAAACUCUGCUGUGAUUCUGCCAUGAAAAACAAGAUACAACCAUUGAAGGAAACGUUUCACCGUGACUACGGCCCCAACCACCACCCCACCUUCCAGGUGUUCCUGGAGGCUGGUACAGAGGAUGUGGAGCUUAGGCUUCUGAAGAGAGGGGAUGAGGAGGUAUGGAUACGCCAAGUGCCACUAACCGAUACCCCCCCGGAUACUGCAUUGAUUGGUGGGCAGGAGGUAAAUGCUAUGGAGCAGCUGAGGUCUGUGAGGCAGAAGUUUGCGGAAACGGUAUCAGAGCCUAUAACUAAAUGUCUCCUGGACGGGCUCCUGCAGAAGAAUGUGAUCAAUGAUUAUGAAAUGGAGUCAGUAAACGUAAACGCUGAGAGGGCAGACAAGGCACGCGCCAUCAUCAAAAUGGUGCUUAAAAAAGGACCUUCGGCAUGUUUGACAAUGAAAACACUUCUGUGUGAAUUAGACCAAUUCUUAUGCUCAGACCUGGGUUUGAGCUAGAACACUGUUGGAGAAUGAGACAACUUGUUGAGUAUACUCAUCUCCCGGCAUGAGUCUCUUGGCAAACAGUUACAGAUGUAAGAUCUUAAUUUGACCACCUCUGUUGCAGAACUGUCCUUUAAAACUUGAAGUGUAUUUUAUGUUUAAAAAGGUAAUUUGAAAUUUGUAAUUUCCAAAUUUCAGACUUGAUUUUACCUUAUGUAUUAACCUCUACAAAAUGUACUUUAAAUGUCCAUUAAUAUAAUAUAUUAAUAUGUAUAUUAAUAUAAAAUGAUAUUUCACAUUUCUUGUUGCUGCGGGAUUAUUUUCCUGCUGUUGGAGACUGGCUCAAAUUAAAAGAGGUUAAGGAUCUGUCCCUUUUAUUCCAAUUUUCGCUUUAAAUGACAUACCCAAAUCUAAUUGAGGGUAGCUCAGGUCCUGAAGCUAAGAUAUGCAUUAUCUUGGUACCAUUUGAAAGGAAACACUUUGAGGUUUGCGGAAAUGUGAAAGGAAUGUAGGAGAAUAUAACACAUUAGAUCUGGUAAAAGAUAAUACAAGAAAAAACCAACAGCUUUUUUGUAUUUGUUUUUGUACCAUCAUCUGUGAAAUGCAAGAGAAAGGCCAUAAUGUACUAUUCUAGCCCAGUUGCAAUUUAGAUUAUGGCCACUAGAUGGCAUCAGUGUGUGAAUUUUUUUAGACUGGUCCAAUGAACCAUUGCAUUUCUGUUCCAAAUGUUGUAUCAAGACUGCCCAAAUGUGCCUAAUUUGUUUAUUAAUAAU